AUGCAACUCGGCUACAGACGGUUGUUGCUUCUUGAAUAUCGCUACUCGUUGGUUGAGUGUUCAAAUGGGAGGGAAGUUAACUUUGGUUCUUUUGAUUUUGAAAUUGAAAAAGUGGCUGGGGAAAUUGCAAAGAAAACUGGUGGUACUGCUAUUGUUGAUGUCCCCUUUGGUACCACUAAUCCAGGAUUCCUCCUAGAAGAUGAACCUCUGCUUAAUGAUACUGGUGCUACUGCUUCUUUCAUCUCUUCUUUCUUUAUUGAAAAAGCCAAGUUGAACUCUUCUAUGUCUGUUAAAUCUGUGAUCUCCCUUCCUAAUGGGGAGAAAAUUUCUUGUCAUCGCGCUUUUCGAAGCGUUCCUGUUAUCAUUAACGAGGUAGAAUUGACUGCAAAUCUUAAAGAGUUCCCCAUGGACGAAUUCGAUGUGAUAUUCGGCAUGGAUUGGUUGAAGGAAUACCGAGCUGUAUUCCAUUGUAGGGAUGAGAAGGUGGUGUUGAGAAACCAUAAAGGGGAGAGAGUUUCUUAUUCUAACACCAAAGCAAAGCCUGGUGUGAAGAUCAUCUCUGCUAUAAAGAUGAUGAAAAUACAAAGAAAAGGGAAUGAAGUUUUCUUGUGCAAAGUGACUGAAGUCUCCGAAGGCGUUAAGCUUGAAGACAUUCCCAUUGUCAGAGACUAUCCAGAUGUAUUUCCCGAAGAAUUACCUGGAAUCCCUCCCGAAAGAGAUGUAGAAUUUGGGAUUGAUUUGAUUCCAGGCCAUGUUAUUAGCAAGGAAGGUGUGAAGGUUGAUCCAACGAAGAUUAAAGCUAUUAUAGAAUGGGCAAGUCCCUCUAGUGUAACUGAAGUUCGGAGUUUUCUAGGACUUGCAGGCUAUUAUCGAAGGUUUGUGCAUAACUUCUCUAUUAUUGCUCAACCUUUGACAAAAUUGAUGAAGAAAGACUGCAAGUUUAGAUGGUCCGAAGAGUGCGAAAAGGCUUUUCAGUUAUUGAAAGAAAAGCUCACAUCUGCUCCUGUCUUAGUCUUGCCGAUAGAAGGAGAGGAGUAUGAGGUGUUCAGUGAUGCCUCGAAGAGUGGACUAGGCCUCAAGUAUAUUUUCACUCAGAAAGAAUUGAAUAUGCGUCAGAGGCGCUGGCUCGAGCUUGUCAAGGAUUAUGAAUUGACCUUGGAGUAUAAGGAAGGAAAGGCUAAUAGGGUUGCUGAUGCCCUGAGUCGAAAGCCUGGACCCUUGCUGAAUUUUAUGAAGGUUCUCUCUAAGGACUUAUGUGAGGAAUUCCGCAAGAUGGAAAUUGAAGUGGUAUCAUUGGGUGGGGUUAAAGCUCGCUUAAACGCUAUGAGUUCUGAGCCUGCUCUUUAUGCUGAGUUAAGAGAGAAGCAACAGAAUGAUCCUAAGCUUCGGAAGAUUCGGGCUGCAAAGGCUCAAGGACGAGCUGGGAGUUUUGAUAUUGCAGAGGAUGGGAGUAUGAAGUUCAAAGGGCGAUGGUGUGUGCCUAAUGAUCCGAUUUUGAAGAACGAAAUCAUGAGUGAAGCUCAUAACACUCCUUAUUCAGUACAUCCUGGAGGUUCGAAGAUGUAUAAGGACCUCAAGCUAAGCUUUUGGUGGCCUUGUAUGAAAAAAGAGGUUGCUGAAUUUGUUGCCAAGUGUUUGGUGUGUCAGAAGGUGAAGAUUGAGCAUCAAAGGCCAGGUGGUUUGUUACAACCCCUUCCUAUUCCAGCAUGGAAGUUUGACUCCGUUUCCAUGGAUUUUGUGAUGGGGCUUCCUAAUGCCGCUGGUGGCUUGAAUGCAGUGUGGGUAAUAGUUGAUCGCUUGACCAAGGUUGCCAGAUUUAUUCCUAUGAAGAAGACUUGGUCAAUGGAACAAAUGGCGGAGGCUUAUUCAAAUGAAAUCAUAAGGUUGCAUGGUGUACCUAGGGAAAUUGUGUCCGAUCGUGAUCCCAGGUUCUUAUCUCAUUUCUGGUCCUCGUUACAAAAGGCUUUUGGUACUAAGUUGAAGUUGAGUACCGCUUUCCAUGCUGCAACUGAUGGGCAAACGGAGAGAACAAUCCAGACUUUGGAAGACAUGCUCCGUGCUUGUGCCCUGGAAUUCCAAGGCUCGUGGGUGAAGUCUUUAAGCUUGGUAGAGUUCUCUUACAACAACAGCUAUCAUGCGAGCAUCCAAAUGGCUCCCUACGAGGCUCUUUAUGGUAGGAAAUGUCGUAGUCCUACUUUCUGGAGCGACAUAAGUGAUUCGUUGGUGUUGGGACCCGAUCUUAUCCAAUCUACUAUAGAUAAGGUCAAAGUUAUUCAAGCAAAGAUGAAGGCUGCCCAGGAUCGACAAAAGUCUUAUGCCGAUUUGAGUAGGAGACCUAUUACUUAUGAUGUUGGGGAUAAGGUGCUUUUGAAGGUGUCCCCAAUGAAGGGAGUAAUGAGAUUUGGUGUGAAGGGCAAGCUCAGCCCUAAGUAUGUGGGUCCUUAUGAGGUACUUGAGAGGAUUGGUGAAGUGGCUUAUAAGUUGGCUUUGCCAGUCGAGCUAUCUAAGGUUCACAAUGUGUUCCAUGUCUCUCAGUUACGGCGUUAUCGAAGUGACCCUUCGCAUGUUAUAGCCGUAGAGUCGGUAGAGGUCAACCCUAAUUUGACUUUCGAGGAGAAGCCAGUCAAAAUCCUUGAUCGUCAGGUACGUUCUCUGAGGAGAAAGGAAGUGCCAUUAGUGAAAGUUUUGUGGCGUAGUCAAAAGUAUGAACAAGCCACCUGGGAAACUGAGGAGUCAAUGCGACUUAAGUAUCCCGAGUUGUUUGUAGCCGAACAAAGUUGUUGCAGGUGAUGAUUGAAUUCACUCGGAGCGACUGGGGAAUAAGACUGAGAGAUGUAGGGUUACCUAGAACAUUAAGUUGAAGUUUAGAUGUUUUAUUUAUUUUUGUUUAUGGGAGUGUUUUACUCCCUGGAUUUUUAUGUAAUGACUUUUUGAUUUACUUUAUUCGAAGUUAUAAAUUUAUUUUGAAAAUUUUAGUGACC